CAGAGCCCAGCCGACUCCCGUCUCAGCUGCUCAGUCUGUGUCCGACCGGGACAUGAACCAACACGGACACUGAGAGGCUCCACGGCGGGCAGAGCGUCCGGAGAGACCAGCAGACACGCUGAGGGACCAGCAGGCUUCUCCAGAGCGUAGUAGCUGUCGAUGCUGGACUCCCUGAUCUAACGGUUUUAUGAUCUGCAAGGCUGGGAGAGACGACGCCCGGCCGUCCGCCAAACCUGUACGACCCAACAUGAUGGCCUCCAGUGAUGUGGACAACCGGGGUGAAGGUUCUUUGUUUUCAGACCCAAUUCCAUCAGAAAUGGAUGCGCUUUGUCCCUCUCCUCCAGGACCUUCCAGACCCCAACGGUCCUACGAGAGGAUCGAGGGACGGGAGGGAACCUCUUUCUGUCAGACUCUUAUCCACCUGUUGAAGGGGAACAUCGGCACGGGGCUGCUGGGGCUGCCUCUGGCUAUCAAGAACGCAGGCCUGGUGCUGGGACCCAUCAGCCUGCUGUGUAUGGGAGUCAUAGCGGUCCACUGUAUGAGGCUGCUGGUGAAAUGCUCCCACCACCUCAGUGUGAAGAUGGACCGGCCGUCUCUAAGUUACGGCGAGGCGAUGCAGUACGGGAUGGAAAACGUGUCGUGGCUGAGGAGACACUCGCAGUGGGGAAAGCAUACGGUGAACUUGUUUCUAAUCAUCACUCAGCUGGGUUUCUGCUGCGUCUACUUUGUCUUCCUCAGCGACAAUAUCAAGCAGGUGGUAGAAGCAGCCAACACCACCACCCUCAGCUGCCAAAUGAACUACACUAACCAGACCCAGGUGCUGGUGCCGAGCUUCGACUCCCGCCUCUACAUGCUCUGCUUCCUGCCCCCCAUCAUCCUGCUGGUUUUCACCCCCGACCUCCGCUACCUGGCCCCCCUCUCUCUGGUGGCAAACCUGAUGAUGACGGCCAGCCUGAUCCUCAUCUACUUCUACUCGCUGACGAACAUCAAGUACCCAAUCAACCUACCUAAAGUGGGCAGAGCUAAAGACUACCCCCUCUUCUUUGGGACGGCCAUCUUUGCCUUUGAAGGGAUCGGAGUGGUUCUUCCUCUGGAGAACAAGAUGCAGAGGCCUCAGAGGUUCAUCUCGGUCCUGUUAUUGGGGAUGGGCAUCGUCACCUUCCUCUACAUCAGCCUGGGCACCAUAGGAUACAUGUGCUUUGGAGAGCACAUAGGAGGGAGCAUCACUCUCAACCUGCCAAACUGCUGGACGUACCAGGUGGUGAAGCUUCUCUACUGUUUCGGUAUCUUCAUCACCUUCGCCCUGCAGUUCUACGUUCCGGCAGAGAUCCUCAUUCCUCCGGUUUUGGCUCGCGUGCCUGAGAGGUGGGAGACGCCCGUCAACCUGCUGCUCCGCACCAUCUUGGUCAUCUUCACAUGCGCCCUCGCCGUCCUGAUACCGGAGCUGGACCUCGUCAUCUCAUUGGUCGGCUCGGUCAGCAGCAGCUUCCUGGCGCUGAUCUUCCCGCCCAUCCUUCAGAUCUUAACUUUUCACACGGAGGGCACGCUGUCGCCACCAGUGACCAUCAAGAACAUCGUCAUCAGCCUGAUCGGGCUGAUCGGGUUCCUCACGGGAACCUACGUCGCCAUCGAGCAGAUCAUCACCCGUAACGCUCAGAAGCGGGAGGAGACGUUCUCCUCCUUCAGGGUCCAGUGAAAUGACUGUUGGAACGUGGAAAUAUCACACAAGGACAUUUAGAAACCAUUUUUAUUUUAUUUUAUUCCUCGUCUUGCUGCUGUUGGACACGGUGGCCAUUUUUAUCGUUAAUCUAUCACGCGUUUAAGCAUUAUGUGAAGCUGUAAGGAUUUGUGGUGCUUGGUGUUUCAUUGUGUCACUGCUAUACAACAGUUUAACGUCAUAUCAUGACAUGCCAACUGCUGGUUACUCAUAUUUAAUCAAGUCCAGGAUAUUUUGUGCAAUCUCAUGAAACGUAUGAUAAAAAAUGAUUCCUUCAUGUAGCUUCAAAAGGUUUUUAGAGGUUAGUUUUUAUUUAAAACCAGAAUAUAUUGAUAUUUUAUCAAAUAACAUCACAUAUUGAUAUCAAUUAGGUAUUUUUAAACGUUCACUUUAGAAGCUGAUAUUUAGUUGACUGGUUAACGGCUUCCCAUUUAGAGUUUGACCACCUUCCACCUCAUUUAGAGAAAAAUCAAUAAUUGUUUGUCGCACUUUGAUUUUAUGCCUUAUUAGUUUAACGGUACUACUAUGACAUAAACGACACAACACACAGACUCUUAAUCAAGUAACUGUAACUUAACCAAAUAUAGAAAAAUGAAAGGGUUGAGUAUCAAAAAUGUUUUUGUUUGUUUAUUGGACACAGUUUCAAUAAACAAAAAACCAUUCAGGUAUUUUAUGAAUGGAAGCCCAGGGAGGAAAAAUUUGAAAACAAAACUUCUGGUGAUUCAUUUUCUUUUUUUUUAAUCUGUGUUUCUAUGUGUUUGUUGUUGUAAUACUAAUUUCAGCCAUAAGUAAAUAUCUCUUGGUCUGAAUAGGACUUUAGUCCAACAUGUGGUGGUGGUAAACUUCAGCCUCUUGUGGCCGAAAUGAGUAUUACAACAACAAACAUAGAUCCUAAUAAAUUAAAAUCACCCAUCAAAACGUUUUUUCCUCUCCUGUUCUUAAGGAAUAAAAACAAGAGAAAAUAAUUUACAUUAUACUUACAAAAUGAAUCACCAGAUUUAAUUUUUUUCUCAUUUUCCUCUCGGGGCUUCUGUAGAAUUUUCCUUUUCUAUUUUGCUCAAUGGGAUCCUGACAGCGAGGUUAAACAUGUCCAAACGUGUGCAUAGUGUUUACAAUAGUGUUUAAAAGAAUGGAAGUAAAUUACGUUUACUAAAGGAAAAAUUAGGAGUCUGUGUCUCGUAAUUUUGAGAUAUUAAUUCCUGACUGUUGACUACGGAUGUUGCAAUCACGAGAUACUGGAGAAAAUGAUUCCUAAUGUCCUUAUGUACAUAAAGGCAACACGAUUAUUUCAUAAAGAGAUGAUGAGAGGAGUGGUUUUGUUGUCUGUAGUCGUCCUCACAAUGACCCAAAAUCACAUAAAGCUUGAACAUCUGGCUCAAGAAAAGCUCAAAGGGAAAACAGACGACAUCAUGACGAGACGAAGAAUAUUUAUAUUUUACUGUAUAUUUGAUUUUAAAGCUUUUUUUUUACUGUCUACAUUUUUUGGGUUGGCAUUUUUGCAGGAACAAGAAACACAGGAUUUUAUGAAAACCCAGAUGAAUAAAUCUCAUUGAUACUCAACCCCAAAAUAAAUUCACCUUUAUAUCAACAAAAACAUUGAGUUAUAAAAAUAUAUCGGACUUUAAAAAACUUAGUUGGACUGUUUUCAUGUAGGAACUCUUCUGGAUAAAACUUGUUUUUUCUUUUCUUUAAAACUUUUUGUUGUUCCAAUUCCUUUUUGUUUUCACAUGUUUUUAUUUUUUAAUAUAUUAACAAAAAUAAUGGUUUGGGGUAUUUUUUUUUUAUUCCACAUUAUGCAUUUUUAAGACUAACAGCUAAACCUUGAAAAUGUUAUAUUAUGUUUAAUAACAGAGAGACUCUGCUUGUAAUUUAUUGUAAUAUGUAUGUAAUAUAAAAUAUGCAUUUUAAUUACCAGCCAUAGGUAUUAAAUCCAUAAAUCCCCGUACUAUAAGUUCAUUUUAAAGCUUCUGCACUGUUGUGUGUGUCUUCAGUGUUUAUGUGGCCGUAUGCAGACGACUUGUUGUUUCAGAACUCAAAGCUAUGAGCCUUAUGUUUAAAGCAUUUGUAACAGCUGUCACUUUUGUGUAUAUAUCCAUUUGUUGCACAUGUAAAUGUCCACACACAAAAUGUUAAGUCUCAUUUUAUAUACCCAUGUUUCUCCUACAAUAUAUGCUAAAUUAGAUUUUCUCCACUGGACACUUUAAGAGGAUGAAGAGGAUGAUGAUGAUGAUGUGCCGAUUCCCCAAAGAAAACUAAUUUAACUUUGUUCGCCUUCAUUUAGGCGGCAAACUUUAUUCUUAAUCAAUUCAUUAUUUUUCAAUCGCUGAAUUGUUUUUAAACAAACGCCCAAUUAUAGGUCUCCGAGGCGAACAGUGUAAAAAGCUGCAAAUGUUUGAGAUUUUGUAUUUGAUAAAUGAAUUCAAACAGAUAAAACCCAUAAAAUGUCA